AUGGUUGGUCGCUAUGAUGGCUAUCAGGAGGAAGAAACGAAAUUAAAAGAUGCGAUAAAAUUAUUAGAAGCCAAACAAAUUCUUUUAGACAAUUAUACCCAACAAAACAAUUUAAAUUCUCAAAAAGCCUUAAUGUUAACAAUUGCCCCUAGUAUUGAAGAAGCCAAAAAUAUUAGGAGUAGUUUAAUUGUUAAUUGCGAAUUUCCCUCUGAAAAUAUUCUCCAAGUGGAUAGUAGCAAAAUUACCGAUGAUUUAGCCCAAGAACUACAAAAUAUUGAUAAUCCCCACAAUCCCACUCGAAUUAUUAUUGCGGUUGCCUUUAAAUCGGCUACUUUUAUCGAACAAAUUAUUGGUCGUG